UAGAUCACCUCUUUUGUCGAAGUUAUGGAUAAACCGAAUUCCCAUAAAUGCGAUUGUGAUACCGGGAGUAUAGUUCAAUUACUUUCAAUCGUAAAGUAAGGCAGAUGUUUUAUUCAUCUUAGUGUUUAGUACAUACGUAAACGGUGAAAGAAGCCACUGAAUUUACAGGUUCUACGAUGGAAUCUAAUUCAGACAAUGACCAGGGGGAUGCUUCUCCUUCACAACAGAAGGAAUCCAAGCCGGGUGGAAAUACAGAGGGAAGGUCGAUGUCAAUUAUGUCUCAGAUAGCAAAAAGGCAGGCAACACAGCAGGCUGGCUCUGACGAGCAACAGGACACAUUUCUUUCUGGAUGGAGUUCUGCUAUACGAGGGAAUAUUCAUGAUUUUCAGGAAAAUAUAGGAGAUUGGAGAGAGGUUCACGGAGAAAGUCUGAUUGAGGAAAAGGAAAAUCUUUAUCCCACAGGAGACAUAUAUGUUAUACCACCACUAUCUGGUACUGGACACAUACAGAGACAAGAAGGAGACAGCACCAGGAUAUCAUCACUAGAAGACGGCCCACAUGUCGGUAGCACUGAUGUCAUCCUUAAGAUUGAUAACCAGACUCUAGAUGUUGGCAAUAAAAGUGACGGAAACAUCAAUGAACUUGCUUCUACAGAAACCCAGGACUUAGAACUUCAAACUGUAACACAACUGGAUGACAACAGAGAGUCGGAGACUGUGCCUGUUGUGGCAAAGUCUACUUCUGAUGCUAAAAAGGACAGCAGUAAAGACCAGACUGUGUAUGAUAUAGAGGGUAGAACUGAUGUCAAAACUGAGGAGACUGGAAGGUCACAAAGAAAACCACCAGAAGUUCAUCCUAAACAGUUUAAACUUCAAUCUGAACCAUUUAAGUUUAUUGUUGAUGGCAGUUUGAUUCAGGACCAAUCCAGAUCUGAAGAAAGAGCCAUACCAAAGAAGCCCCAUGUAGACUCGCAGACUUCUACUGAUAAAAGUUCUUCUGGAGUUUUACAUGAGAAUAGAAAAUCUUUCAAAGACAUAUUACAUCAGUUUGAAAAGCCUAAACCUAAAACAGUCUCUACUUCUCAACCUCACCCGGAGAAAUUAGUUGACCAGCUAAACCAGCUAACACCCUCACAGAGGACAGAGUUCAGUGACAGCCACAUCAGUGUAAGCUCUGAUGCUUCUGGGGGUCUGGGAUCAGACAUGGUGGGGAAUUUGAUAAGAACUAAUAUCAUGAGUGAUUCAACAGCUUCAAAUAUUAGUAGUAUUGUGCCAGGCAUAGAUCAGUCUCUGUCCCAUCCUACUCUCCAACCAGGUUCACAACUGGUAGAACAGCCUGAACCAUCGAUGGGAGUUGGUGAGCAAAAGGGUGAAGAACCCAGCAUAUCUAGUUUUACAUCACUGACAGAAGGGUUGUCUCAACAGAUACAACAGCAAGGGAAUACAAAUGUUGGGCUUGAAGGCAUCCAACUGACCAGGGACCAGGGACCAUUUCAAGGUCAGUUUAUGCAUGCAGAGUCUCCUCCUCAUGAUCAACAAAUUCAUCCUGAAGAACCAGUCCGAAGUCAACCUGUUCAUGCUGGACCAUAUCAAGGUCAAGCAAAACAGGAAGAAUUUUAUCAUCAACCUGUACAGGGGGAACAAUUACAGGGUCAACCAAACAAUCAGUAUCUAGGUCAUCCAUCACAGCCAUACCAAUUUCAAGGUCAACAGUAUCAUCAGCAGGAACAACCACAAUAUCCAUGGCAACUAAUGGGAAGAGAGAAUUGGCCUGACUGUCAAGUAUUUCCUGGACAGUUGGGAAAUAUACCCCCACAUGACCCUCAGUACCAUGGCAUGUAUGGUCAGCCAGGAAUGUACCAACCACACACAGUGGGCCAAGAGUAUUACCCUCAUGGUCACUGGAGAGAUGGACAGAAUCCUCAGGAUUCCCACCCUCAAAACACUAAUCCUGCUGGUCCCCAAAAACCAAACGUUCACAAAGUAAAAGAGGAACCCAGUGCUAAACAACCAAGAAAGACAAAACCAGCAUCCAAAGAGAAAAAGGAACAGCAAACACCAAAGAAACCAGAGAAAUCGUACGUGUGUGUGAAGGGGCUAAACGCCAACACUGGGUUAGACACACUAUGGCUGUAUCUGGAAAACAAAUCUGGCUGUGAUGUGGACAAGUCAUCUGUCUUAUAUACAAGUGACAAGACUAUGGCUGUGGCUACUCUUCUGGGGAGUCCUGCUAAUUUUCAAGAAUUCAAAAAUAAAUGUCAUCAGAAGAAGCUAGAAGGUGCCAGUGUCCGAGUGUGUGUGGUACCGGCUCCAGUCACUGUAGUUGUCAGCUCUGAACAACACAUGCCCUCCGAACACGAAAUGAAGAAACAUUUCCAACAGGACAAGUUUGGUUGGGUCAAGGUCAGAAGGAUCAAGAUGACCGAUGAUGGCUGCUAUAGGGUUCAGUUCAAGGACAAUGCUGCGUUUGAGAAAGUCUGCCACAGCCCAUACCCUCACAAGAUAGGCUCGGCAAGUCUGUGUGUCACGGCCCUUUAUGAAUGUGAAUUCGGGGAGGUCUGGGAAGAUGACAAACAUAAAGUGUGCAUUCCUGACAACAUCGUACUAAAACACGCUGAUCACCAUAAAAUGGAACUGGUCAAGAAAUAUGAAACUAUUAAAGAGUUAUUGCAAUCAAAACUGAAACCAAAGCUUGCAAAGCUCAAGGUCACGGACGAACUUCAUGUUGAAUGUACAAUGGACCAAAAAACCGAAGGUGUCCGUCGUCUUGUAAGAGUUUGGGAUUCAGAGGUAAGGGAGAUCUGGGAGGAGUUUAUAGAUGUAACUGUACAGCAAGAUGAAAUACUGGUCACAGCAGAAGUCUGGAAGGAUCUUUUUGGUCAUGUAAAGGAGCACACAGCCCACAAAACAGUUCACCUAGAUUUCCAAGACCAUGACAGCGAUGUGAGAUUGGUAGUUGUUGGCAUCGAGACGAUGUUCAGCACCGUCACUGAAAACCUAUACCAGCACAAAGACUGCAUCGAGAAAGCUAUAGAAAGAAAAAAACAGAUCAGAUCAGUGACAAAGGAAUUUAAGUCCUUUGAAAUUCGACUUUUACGCCGACUAGACACUUUGACACAAGUGAACACUUUAGUUGAGGAUUUGAAUGUGACAGACAACGAGGAGUUAGGUACUAUAACAUACAAUGGUGUCAUUGAGGACAUCAACACAGCCCAAACAAUCAUCGGUGAUAUAACACAACAGUUUCGGAUAUGGACAAUCCAGGAGGACAAUGCCAUGAACAACGACCAGGUGAGACUCCUACAGAAUCGCCAAGUACAAAAUCAACUGAAACAGAAGUUUGCAGAACACAAACUGGUUGUUGAAUUAGACUGUACUGCAGGCGGAUUAGAGCUUGGUACAGUAUCAGCUAGUGCAGAACAAGAUGUGACGAGGAUUAUAAAUGACACAGUAACAUUCAGUGAUGUUCCACUAACGGACACAGAAAAGAUUGAGGUUCUGAAAACGUUUCCUUGGAAACAACAGUGUCAGCAAAUACAGGAAGACAACAGCGGUCUCGUUAUCGUAUCUACCAUGAUGGAUUAUGGGUUCAAGGUCACCUCCACAGAUAUCAUUCACAAAGACAUACUAAAACAACUGCGGACCUUUAUAGGCGAACAUGCCAAGUACGAGGACAGGUAUGACAUAAAUGAUGAGGGCAGAAUUAAAUUCUUUAAAAAACACUACUCAAGGGAAAUCAAGACUAUCAAGACAGAUCUGUCUGCCAUGUCUGUUUCCAUAAUGAUGGAGGACAAGGGGCUGGCUCUGGCUGGCACCUGGCAGGGCAUUCAUCAGGCCAAGGACAGACUCAACACACUAGAGAAAGAUAUCAAGUCAAAGCAGCAUGAUAUCCAUAGGCUUGGAAUCGGCACCAUAGUUCGUCCUGACAAUGCAGAUAUGUUCUGUGGCAUUGAGAAUGAAACUACCACUAUUAUAAUGCAACAUGAAACCUUCAUCCAACUGGCAGGGUCACAGGGGUCAAGUGAUGAGGAAGAGGAGGACCUUUGUGGAACUGAGGAAAGUAACACCUGGGGCCGCACAGGGAUGUUUGGUGCAGUCCCAGCACCACAACCAUCUCCAGUCACCUUGCCAACCAGAGUGCCAGCCGAGGUAACAUGUAAAAAUGGCCUGAAAAUCAAACUUCUACGUGGAGAAAUUGGGAGAGAAAAGGCUGAUGUCCUGGUCAUCUCCACCAGUCAAGAUCUGGAACUGGAUAAGGCAGGAGCAGGAAAGAGUCUGGUCAAGUAUGGAGGGCCGGGGCUACAAGCUGAGCUGAAGGCCAACCAUCCUUCCAAGAUCAACCACGGGGACAUUAUCACCAUUGGUCCGGGUACACUCAAGUGUAAGCAGGUCUUCUUGUGUAAUCUGCCUGAGUGGGAGAAAGACAAGAAUAAGAAACCAAUGGUCGUCACCGAGGUGAUCGUGGAAUGUUUGACCAAGGCUGCCAAGGCAGGAUACAGUACAGUCAAAUUUGUGGCCCUGGGGACGGGCGCUCUAAAGUACCCCCCACAGAUUGUUGCUGAAUCUAUGUACGGUGCUGUCCAUCGAUACGACGCCAAGGGGACCUCAUCAGUCUUACUGGUCACUUUUGUGCUCUAUUCCAGUGACCGUCGCACCAUCAGUGCUUUUGAAGAUGAAGAGUACAACCAGGUGCACCCUGGGGGACAAACACGGUCUACAGGGCUGAAAGGACCGUUUGACACCAAACAUGGGAUCAAAGUCACGCUGGUCAAAGGACUAAUGGACAGUCAGACCGUUGAUGUGAUAACUUGUGUGACCUCUAUGAACCUUGACAUGGCCGGGGGGGUGGCCACAGCAAUGUCCAAGGUUGCAGGACCUGAACUCCUACAGGCUGACUGUAAAGCCAAGUAUCCAUCAGGGAUAGAGUUUGGAGAUGUGGCCGCCAUCACCAACGGCAACCUGAGGACAUGUAAAUCCAUCUACCUGACAUCUCUUCCUGGCUGGAAGAACCAGGAUGGCACCAAGCGUAAUGACGUUGAAAAAUUGUUCAACAAGGCCAUAACAACUUGCCUGCAGAAGGUGGCCCAGUCAGGGAUGAAAUCCAUAGCUUUCCCCGCGAUCGGAACAGGACAGAUUGGGUACCCUCGCGACACAGUCGCUAAACUCAUGUACGACUAUGUGGUCGACUUUGCUGCAAAAAACAGAGGCACAUCUCUCACUGAUGUCAGGUUUGUCCUUCACCAGAAGGAUCGGGAAACCAUCCACUCAUUUGAGAAAGAAGAGCAGAUGAGGCUAUCUCCUUCUAGGGCUUACACCAGUGGUCCUCACCAAUGUUUCUAUACAAAGGGCAACAGGCUUCGGGUGUCCAUAGAUACUUGCAGCAUUGCUGACUUUCAGAAAGCUGAUGUCAUAGCUGCCACAGUGUCAGAUGACCUUGACCUUUCAAAGGGCGGUGCUAUGGCUGCUAUAUCCAAAAAAGGGGGAAUAACCUUAAAAGCUGAAUGUGAUAUUAAGUAUCCAAGAGGGAUCAAGAUUGGUGACCUUGCGGAGAUUUCACCUGGAAGUUUGAGCUGCAAGGCUCUGUACCUAGGAACUCUGCCCUCCCACAGUAGCGGACCUGCAGCAGCAGAAAAGGCCCUGGAUAAGUAUAUACAGAAAGUGCUGGACACAGCAUCAUCAAAAGGUUACACAUCCGUAGCGUUUCCCGCUGUAGGGACAGGGUUUAAUAACUACCCACACUCCCGGGCUGCAACACUGUGCUACGAGGCUGUUCAGCAUUUUGACAAGAAACCAAGUUCAAUCAAGACCGUGUACUUUGUCAUCCUGCAGAAAGAUGCCCAGUCAUUAAAUGCCUUUCAAAGAGAAGAAAGAAAGAGAAACCGUCUCCCCUUUGGUGGGCCAUCUCCUGGCUCUGAAUUAGGGGCCGUAGGCGGGGUUGCCAGAAGGGGAACAUUCAGGAGGGUUUUCUCUAAAAAGGAUGAAGAAGUAUCAUUGAGACCAAGGAGACGUCCAACGAGAACCAACGAACUGGGCUUUUUAGGCCGUCGGUCAGAUAAACUUGGCUCUUAUCAAGAUCAUCCAGUUACACUCGCCUCAGGUGCAGGCUGUAUGUCUAUACAAGGUGGCAAAACUAAUCAGUUUGUGUAUGGGAAGGUCACCCUCCAGGUCAAUGUGGAGAAUAUCGUAAAGCUUAAGGACCGUGUAGAGGUCAUUGUUAAUAGUACCAACAAGGACCUAGACUUCACUAAAGGUGCUGUGUCUAAAGAAAUAGUAAAGAUGUGUGAUCCAAAACAACUUAGUGAUGAAUGUGAAAAACUGAAGCCAGAGAUGAAGAGAAAGGGAAUGAUAUAUACAAGUGGGUGUGGACUAUCCUGUACGGCUAUCCUCCAUAUUGACGCCCAGAGCUCCCUCAGAAGCUGGAAGAAUACGAUACUGGCUUGUCUUCAGGAAGCUGACAGGCAUGGCCACACCUCUAUUGCCUUCCCUGCUCUUGGCACAGCUGGAGAAAGUGUUCAAUUCAAACCAGAAGAGAUUGCAGAGACACUGCAUGAAUCACUGCAACAAUUCUCUGGUUCCAAACUCACUCUUGUGCGACUUGUUAUCUUUGAACAAAAGAUGCUAUGGGGUAUGCAAAAGGUGUUCCGAGACAACAUCCAGAAACCUAGCACCUCAGUUGCUGAGGACUACAAUGUCGUCCCAGGGAGUAGGGCCACUCCAGUUGCUGAUGUGUCCCGUGUUUCACUAUGGAUACUUGGCACCAGUGAUUACAACAUUGAUGAUGCUAUAGCCAGUAUUAAAAAUUUAGUUGACAGAAAAUAUACAGUCAAAACCAAUGCCGACACAUUGGUUUGUCAGCUGAAAGACUAUGAGGUGAAAGAGAUAGAGAAGUUGAGCAAAAGGUUUCUGGUUGAGAUAAAGGUAAAUAAACAGGCAAGAGUCGUAGAGAUGGACGGGCCAUUGGAGGAAGUGAACAAUGUCUCACAGGAGGUUCACAGACUCUUUAGUCACUUCCAGAUGGAGAGACACAAGGAUGCUGAGGCAGAAUUUAUUAAGGAACAAGUGCAGUGGUUUUAUACGGAGAUAGACAGCCAGGGAGUACUUCAGCUUUCUGAAUAUCCUCCCCGAACUAACAUGGAAUUAGAAAACUCCAGGAAAGGCAACCACCCUACAUAUAAGUUUAGGGCAAAUGAUCAAGAAUACGUGGUUAAUUUAUUAACCAUGAAGGAAUAUGCAAAAGAUGACCCCACUGACACUGCUGAUGUGGUACGCAGAGAAAAACAAGAAGGUGGCAGGUUUGAGCUCCCAGCUGACUGGAAUGAAAUGGUAGACCCAAAAGAGAUUGUCAGGGUCAUUCCAUUGGCUGCUUCCUCAAAGACGUACCAGGACACUGAGACGUUGUUCAAAAAUUCUGUGUUGAAGGGUUUCUAUUCCAGCCAGUUUCCUGCAACAAAGCUGAUAGUUCAUAAGAUUGAGAGGGUCCAGAAUCGGUCUCUGUUUCAACAAUACUCAAUGAAGAAAAGCUUACUGGAACAGAAAAACCCGCCAGGCACCACCAAUGAACAGUUGUUGUGGCACGGGACAGGCACAGCCGCAAUCACCAGCAUCAACUACUACGGCUUCAACCGCAGUUACUGUGGUGGUGACCUUAAAAAGGGCGCCUGCUGGUAUGGAGCUGGGGUGUACUUCGCCGAUGAUGCCUCUUACUCUGCCAGAGAUUGGUUGUCUGGAUCGGGGCCAGCCAAUCAGAAGAGGAAUGUGUACUUAUGCAAAGUUCUAACUGGGGUCAGUUGUCCAGCAGCCAAAAAUAUGAAAUAUCUUCCAGCGUUACCAAACAACCCUGGACAAAACUAUGACUCUGCUGUACAGCCUCAGAACAAACUCAAAGAAUAUAUUAUAUUUAAUGACACCCAGGCUUACCCAGAAUUUCUCAUCAAUUUUUCCGCAACUUAGAGAGGUUGGACUUAACCAAAGUACAUAAAGUACUUAAAUCUAACUUUUAGGAACCAACCGAUCAUGGAUUAUAUUACAAUUGUAGUUGGAUAUUUUGUAAAUCAUUGGUGCAACUUGAAAAUGAAUGUUGAGUAUUGUGAACAUUGAGAUUACAAUAUUUCUGUUUCCGGUUGCUGAACUGACUGUGAUUUUAAACAACAAUAAUAUUACGAAAAUGAUUACAUUUAUAUCCCUAAGCAAAGUAUACAUUUUGUUAACUUCAUUUUGAAUUUAUAUUUUCUGUUUAUUUCAAAUAUAAAUAUUGUCUGCUUAUAUCAUUUCAUGUACAUAUAUUUUCUGUUUACUAGAUUUCAUAUACAUGAUGAUUGUUAAAUUGUUAGCUAAUGCUUGAAUUCUGUGUUUAUGAUAAACUGCAGUGGAGCUAUGUUAAUGUGCAAAAAGGUGUGUAUCGAUCAUGUGUCUUUUAAUUGGAUUGGGUCAAUUACAAGCAACAGGGUAGUUCAAUUAGUUAGGGCCUCCAUCUACCAGGUAUACAUUUGCCAACCUUUAUAAAUUUCUGUGGGGGAGAUUUAGCGUGCUAAAAAUUAAAAACAUAAUCAAAAUGUGUGUAUAUACCCCCUAGACACAAAAUAAUUCUUUAAAAGACAUAUUUUGAGUCAUAGUUUCAUAUGAAAUUAUUAGAUUUUAGAAUAUAGGAAUAGUUAAGCAAAUUCAAAGGUAGGAAAUACUAAAUUCAGGGGUUCAAAAUCGGGAGUCUCCCUCCUAAAUAGGGAGAGUUGGCAAGUAUGCAUCUAGGAUUUGAAGGUUCUGGGUUCGAAUCUGGCUCAUGCAUUUACUCUCUCCUGUUACACAAGUAAAGCUGAACAGAAAAACACCUGGACAAUGUUGGUUGGGUUACCAAAGACUACAGAGGGAUCAUAAGAGUUUUGGAGGAAAGACAAAUCUGGAUAAUUAUGUUUGUAAACCAGCACAUAUAUAUAUAUACAUGUGUAUCAUCAAUAUUAUAUAAUAAUUUAUCAGUGCUUUCUCAUAACAUUUGACCCAAAGUGAUGGGAGUUGACCAGUGUUAUAUAUACUGUAUAUGUAGUGCACGCGGCCAAAGAUGGAGUCGAGUAUAACUCAUGGUCAGCUACCGGCACCUCGGGUUAAAUGGCUUUGGCUAUACCUUUGGAAGGAAUUUAAUGGAAUAAAUGUUUAAUUACAUGAUUGUGAAUAUCAUCAAACACACUUUUAGUAAAAGUUUAACCAUAUAAACUCGCUUGUAAUUUGCAGUGCACUGUUUGUCGUGCCAUCGUUUAUUAUGUAAUGUAUUAUCAUAUUGAUGUACUGUUGGGCCGCAAGGCCUAAAGUUAACAAGAGGUCCAUGGGCCUUAAUGGUCACUUGAGUCCUACAGUAUUUAUUUUUGUGUUGAAAUAUGAAGUGGAGAUAAUGAUGUCAAUCAUCCCUACCAAUUUGACUGAAAAAUAGUUAAGUAUAACGUUAAGUUUAAUUUGUCAGGACCACGAAUUGAUCGUUCCUAGACCGACUUUCCGUUGAACUGGCCCAGUAGAACUUGACUUCAAGUUUGAAAUUGUUUUUCAAAAUGGCGGCCGUGGCAGCCUUAUUGGACUUCUGAUCGACCCGAAAAAUAAAAUAACAACACUUGGUCAGGGACUUGUCAGUAACAUUUCCAUUAAGUAUCAAUGAAAUCCCUUUCACAGUAUUUCAGCUUAAGUUGAAAAUGUAAAAUGUUAACGGACGACGUUAUGUGUUUAUACUGUAAUACUCUGCUUAAAGCUGUUCCACAUUGUUCACAGAAGCAGAGAAAACUUUGCCCUGCCAUUUUGACAGCCAAGAUGACAAAUCAGCUACUAUUCUGUCUAUGACAACUGAAUGCUUGAAAAUCAACAUCUUGUUGGAAGAUUGUCACAUGACCAUUUAUCUGUGAAAUGUUUUCCAGACAAAUGUAUCAAUGUUGUAUGCCGAAAUGGGGAAAACAGCAGAAAAUGGUUAUUUUAAUCAAAUAUAAUAAAAAUAGUGCAUUUUGCUUACUUAUAAUUGCAUAUAUAUGUAUGUAACUGAUCAUUUGGACAAAUAAAAUUGGUUAUUAUAUUUUUCUCCCAUUCCUUUGCCUGUAUGAUAGAACCGACGAGAAAGUAGCAUUAGAAACAAGAGGCCCAUUUCUCUUGUGUGACUUCAAAAUGGGACAACAAUGUUACAUCACAAAAUUAGGAAAUGUUGAUGCCGCAUUGUGGAAACUGCCAACGUGAUAAAAUUUAAAUGUCAGAAAGAUGGAAUUAAUAUUUCUUUGCAAAGUUUCGUGAAAUGGGGUAUACUGAAUCUUGCCGACUGGUGUGUUUUUGUCUAAAAUACUAAGGGAAAUACAUUUGUAUUUUUAAACUUGUAGCCAGUCUAACACCUGUUCAUGUUUUCUGUUAUGCUGGCGACUGGAAUGAGAGAAAAAUACUUUUUCAUGAACAUGGGUGUGGAAUAGGAAAAUCCCACCCCUUGGGAUUUUCGAAUUGCUACAAAACCCUUAGCAAACCUCUAAAUUUAUCCAAUUCGAAAAACCACUCAAACUGAAUUUCCCUAUCCUCCACUCUUGGCAUUAAAGAGUUAUAUGUUCUAGCUAUAGUGUGGAUAAUGGGCCUUGGGAGCAGAAUAGAAUAAUUUUUGCACAAAAUCUUAUACUAACAAUAUGUGCUAUGAUGAAAAAAGCAUUUCUUGAUUUUGUUAAUAAAAAUAAUCAGACCUUG